AAGAAAGAGAGAGUGGCACGCUGACCAAGACAAAUACUAGAUUCUUGGGUUGCUUGCUUCUCGUCAUUAGUUUUCGAUGAAACUUCUUAAGUGUCCCUUUGUCUUUCUUUGGACCCAACUACUACUCACAAGACAAGAUGAUUAGCAUACUAAUUAAGUUUAAUUAGCAGACUCUCUCUCUCUAAUUAGAUAGUGGUCAAAACAACACCCCCGGACAUUGGUGGGUUUCUUUCUGUCUCUUCUAUAUUUUCUAUUAGCGCGUGCGUGGAACAUUGAUGAUUCAUGGAUAACAGGACAUCUCCUCCGUCACACUUUUCUAAGUUGUUGAUGGAUUUGGAUUAGAUAGAUAAAUAGAUGGACAGAGCAACAAAGAAAGGCACAGACCCAACCAGGAAAAAUACAUUACAGGGAAAGAACGAGAGAGAGAGAAAGAAAGACAGUCGGUGCGACCCAACACCCUCUGAACCAGUUAGUGCGAGGAGCUGCUGCUGCUCACAACUCUCUCCUUCUCAACUCAACAGCUGCUUUCUUGACUUUAAAGUAAGGGGAAUUCAGUAAUCUAGCUAUAUAUGGCUUUCAUCACAACUGCUGAAGCCUGUGACUCCAACGUACCACUCUUGGCAUCUGGUGACUUGCGAGUUCUGGCCCCCGUUUUCAAGAUAUAUGGCCAGAGCCGGGCAUUCUCGGGUCCCAUUGCCACUCUUAAGGUGUUCGAGGACAACGUGUUGGUCAGGGAGCUUCUUGAAACCGAAGGUGAAGGAAGGGUUCUUGUUGUUGAUGGAGGGGGGAGCAUGAGGUGUGCUUUGGUCGGAGGGAACCUGGGGCAGUUGGCUCAGACUAUGGGGUGGGCUGGGAUUCUAGUCAAUGGCUGCAUAAGAGAUGUAGAUGAGAUCAAUGGGUGUGAUAUAGGGGUCAGGGCCUUGGGAUCCCAUCCUACGAAAUCCUCCAAAAAGGGCGUUGGUGAGAAGCAUGUGGCGGUUCACAUUGGAGGGACCUUGAUUUGCGACGGGGAAUGGCUGUAUGCUGACAGUGAUGGCAUUCUCAUAUCAAAAUGCGAACUCUCUCUUUGAGCUACCACUUUGUUCAUCCUUUCCAACACCAUGCAAUGUUAGUUGAGCUUUUUAGAGGGAUGGAUUCUCAGUCACUUUGGGAAAAUGUUUCUUCUCCGUUAUAUGUAGCAUUGUUUUCAUUAAAUAAACUUAAUUUAGGAAUCAAUUUCCCGCUGCACAAGAACAAUUCUUUGUAUUUGUAUCUUACAAAGCAAUUUUAUUUUCUUUUUAGUAACAUGUCAAGUGCGGUAGCUCCAUAAAUAAGCACGGUGUUUUUUCGGCUGGGAAGCAGGAGCAUGCAUAUAGAUGGCUUGAGAUAUAAUUCAACUU